CAAAAGGUUUAAUAGAAACGUUCACAGAAACGAUUGGAAUCGGAAAACUUAUAAUUUGAUACAGUCCUAGCCAGUUGGCAGUCUUACAGCGGUCCUAUAGAGGUUUUAUGGUUCAAGGUGCACAUUUGUAGGCGCCAAUUUGCGGAAAAUGAGAAAAUGAGGGAAAGAAGAAUAGAAAGAGAGAAAGGCAGAAAUUAAAAAGAAACCAAGAAAAAAUCAAAGUAUUGACAGCAGCGCAUCGUCUAUUGCUGAUGUGUCACAGGCACAAAAAUUUUGAGGAAAAAAAUAUCCUUCCCAAUCUUUCUAAGAAGGCAGAAAUGUGGUUAAUGUGACCCUGGCGGUUUGUAUCCUGCCCAUUGCCAGAUCACAAAAAUCAAUCGGACCUUAAUCUUUAUUCGCAUUUACUUGUGAACAGGGUACUACCAGGCAUUAUCUUUUUUUCAUCCCCAAAUAGCUUUGAAGGAAUAGCGUGUUCCAUAUCUUGUUUGUCGAAAGGAAGAGCGAUUUCAGGGUAGCAUUGUCUAAGGCUCCUAUUGCGCUGCUGGUAACGAUCGCAGGUCCUGAUCUAUAAAUGAGCAUUGAAACCAAACGGUUGAGUAGACACACAACUGCCAUCUCAUACAAAUGGCACGACCUAAUUAAAAAUCACUUUCCAAACAUACUUAAAAAUUCGACAACAAUUUGUUUUUGGAUGGGUAUGUAAAGAAAGAAAAGUACGGAAGAAAUUGAAGAAAGCGUUCAAAGAUGAUUGAGAAACUUCGGGGGCUCAAAACCCCUCUACUCGCUCGACAAUGUUUGGCUGAAAUGAUGGGAACAUUUAUUCUUGUGGCCAUUGGUUGUGGCUCAGUCGCUCAAUUUGUCCUCGCGAAACAGCAGUUUGGAAACUACUUUUCUGUUGAUUUUGGGUGGGGCAUGGGUGUGGCAUUUGGCAUCUACUGGGCAGGAGGCAUUUCAGGUGGACACAUCAACCCAGCAGUGUCAUUGGCUCUUGCAGUUUGCGAUCGAUUUCCUUGGUCAAAGCUCCCUUGGUAUAUGCUGUCUCAGUUCAUUGGCGCCUUCAUUGCCUGCGCAGGAGUUUUUGGCGUCUACCACGACUACUUGGUGGAAUUCAGUGGUGCAGCUCGGUUGACAUCCGGAGUCAACGGGACCGCAGGAAUAUUCUCAACGUACCCGCCUGAUUUUGUCUCUAACUGGAGCGGAUUCGGAGAUCAGAUGCUGGCCACCGCCAUAUUCGUGGGCACAAUCUUCGCACUUCUGGACAACAAGAACAUUGGCCCAGGAUCGAACAUGGCCCCUCUCCUCAUCGGCCUAAUUGUCAUGACACUUGGAACAUCCUUUGGAAUCAACGCAGGAUUCGGAGUUAACCCAGCUCGUGAUUUGAUCCCCAGAGUCUUCACUGCCGUUGCUGGCUGGGGAAAGGAGCCAUUUUCAGCCCACGGUGGAUGGUUCUGGUACCCGAUCCUUGGGCAAUUCGUUGGCGGGAUUGCUGGAGGUUUGCUCUAUGAAAUGACCGUUGGUAUUCACCAUCACACUGAGGAGGAGGAUUACUACCCGGAAGAAAAGCGACCUUUGAAGGAUGAUCCUGAAAAUAACGCUGGGGAAGCAUCAGAAUGAGGCUUGAGAAAGCAGCAGUUGUUCAGAAAACGAGUUGAUUCACCUGAUAUGGAAGGAGAAUGGUCCUAGUUUAAAUAAUGGUUCUAUGUUAAACAUUUCAUUAGAUUUGAUACGAGACAGAUGGCAAUUACAUAGCUGGUGUACAGCAACCUUUGUCGCAAAUCUGAAAAAUAUUUCCAUUCUGAAGAAAACUGAACUUUCACACACAUCAACAGCAGACAAUUUAUUACCUAUUAUUUCCACUCUGUCUUUUAUCACAUCUGGCGAUUGACUACAUGAAACAUGUGUAAAUUUCUCUGGUUUGUUUUAAAAUCUCUAUACUUCUUAUUUAAACAAAAUAUGUUGUAAGAAUAAAUCUAUUUGAAAAAACAUAACUAUUUUCAUGUUGAGAAUAGUGGAGCAA